CAGCAACCCGUCGCCUGCCCACGGUCCAACCACACUGACACUCGUAUCCUCCCAACCACAACCACCACUCGCCGGCUCUCGCAUCUUAUUCCCCUGCCCGAUCGCUCGCUCCCGUUUUACCCAGCAGGCCAGUCAUCUUGCACGCACUGCCUGCGCCUCACCUCGUCCCCGACUGACCGCACUGCACCAACCUUCUGCCCUUCAAACCCUUUGUAACCUGACCUCCUCCCUCAUCCGUCAAACGACCAUCGACUCGACCACCCACCACCUCCCGAGGUUGAGUUCCAUCACUCUCGUUUCUAUCUCUUUUUCGCUUCUUCCUCCUUCUUGCGUUCUCGCUUCUGCUGCUCAUACGCGUCCGAAUCGUCUUGAUUUCCUCGCGAUACCAUGGCCACCGAGGCCUCCAUCGCCCUGACGAACCGCUCUCUUCGUACCAUUCGUACCGAACUGGAAUUUCUCGCCGAUACCUCCAUCAUCUCCCCCGAACAGCUCUCCUCCAUCCUAGCACAACUACCCGCCCAGACGCCGCUACAUGCUCCUUUACACGCUCCCGUCAAUGGCACCGCCAACACGCCCGUCGAUCAAUUCUCAAGCAUGAGCCUCAAGGAGGGAUAUGCUCCCGUUCCUACACCUGCACCUCUCCCUCCCCCAGCCUACGUCCCGCCUCCGAUAUUGUCCAUCGCAUCCGCGCUCUACGCAUAUACGCCCACAGAUGCCGGUGACCUGGCACUCCAGCAAGGUGAUCGGAUACAAGUACUGGAACAUAUGAACAAUGAUUGGUGGAGAGGUCGCAAUGAAAGAACAAAUCUAGAAGGCAUCUUCCCACGAAGCUAUGUAAAUGUCAUCGAGGACCGACGGCCUCCCAUGGUCCACUCACAGUCGACUGAGUACGGAAAUCUGCCCCUGCAAAUCAGUCAAUCAGGCUCUUCCGCCGGCGGUCCAGAAGGUCGGAAGUACAGCAAGCUCGAAGAGCAGGGCAAGAAGUUCGGCAAGAAGAUGGGCAACGCUGCCAUCUUCGGAGCUGGAGCCACAAUUGGCAGCAACAUUGUCAAUGGCAUUUUCUAAUGACGGUAUUAACGUUCUGAUGCUCGAUAUUUCAGCCUUUGAGACUUGCAAAGGCUAUGGCUAUGAAAUUUCGUUAGAGUGUCCUCCACAGAGCGGAAGAGCGCACAAGCACUGCAACGGGAGCGAAUAAUGGGCAUUAUCUUGACAAAAAAAGAAAUCGGAAUCACUUCUUGACGGAGACGGGGUGCAUGGGCAAACGGCGUCAAAAUGGGAGAAAAUGGCGUUGAUCGUCGGCGGUCGGCCACCGACUUGACUUCUUUGGCUACGCUGAUCGUCGACAAAGAUGAAUGGACACGGGAUACGCUCCCAACAACCAUCCAUACUUAUAUUCUCUUUUGUCCUUUUCAACAGGCCAUCCGCGGGCCAUUUCUUUCUCCAGAGCGAAGAGCUUGGUGGUUUUGUUCAGGGGACGAGGCACAGUGGUUUCCCACAAUUGCCCUAGGGAUUGAGAAAGCAAGCAAGGACAGAAUGAACUGCAAAUCUUUUUACGGGCAUGACGAGUUCAACUUGAUUGAUAUGCAGACAGAUUUUCCCGUACUGCACAUAUUGUACUUUCAAGAAGGCCUGGUACGAAAUCAAAAAUUCCAUAUCCAUA